CCACCUCUCUUCCAUGGCCACCUCCACCUCCGUUGACAGUCGCGAGACCGUAACUUCCGCCGCCCCUCAACCCGUCGAUUCCGUAGUAGCCCAAGAGAGACAUUCCGAAUCCUUUCAAGGAGAGAAGAAACCUUUACAAUUUUGGUUGGUAUUCCUCGCCGUAUGCCUCACAGUCUUCCUUUCUGCAUUGGAUGUGACAUCAGUUGGAACGGCGCUCCCGACCAUCAUUGCAGCUUUGCGUGGAACGGAUUACAUUUGGGUCGGGACGGCUUAUGCACUUAGUUCGACUGCUUUUUUGCCCGCGUCUGGUUCGCUCAGCGACAUCUUUGGACGACGGCCGAUCAUGUUGGGUGCGGUCGUGAUGUUUGCUGCCGGGAGCGCUGUUUGUGGAGCGGCGAAUACGAUGAACAUGUUGAUCGUUGGACGAUCUAUCCAAGGUGUCGGUGGCGGAGGGAUUCUCGCAUUAACCGAAAUUAUCGUAGCUGAUAUCGUCUCCCUCCGCGAACGAGGCAAAUACAUUGGUAUCAUCGGUGCCGUAUGGGCUAUCGCAUCCGUCCUAGGUCCUCUCAUUGGCGGCGCACUCGCAUCGAGCGGGAACUGGCGCUGGCUUUUCUACUUGAACCUCCCCCUCUCCGCCAUAUCUUUCACACUCGUCUUCUUUUUCCUUCGUCUCAAAACUCCUCAAGGUAACCUUCGUUCCAAACUCCGCCGAAUGGAUUGGACGGGCAACUUCAUCAUCGCCGGUUCCACCACCGCAAUCCUCAUAGCCCUCGCAUGGGGUGGAGUCGUUUAUUCAUGGUCAUCUUGGCAUGUAUUGGUUCCUUUACUCGUUGGAUUCGUUGGGAUGGGUAUCUUUGGAAUUUUCGAAUGGUUGUUAGCUGGAGAGACGGCUAUCGUUCCUAUACGAUUGAUGAAUAACUGGACGAGCGUUAGUGGUUAUUUCACUACGAUGGUCCAUGGAGCUAUCGUCACGCUUGUCACAUAUUAUCUUCCUAGUUACUUCCAAGGUGUGAAAGGUGCCAACGCAAUCAUUUCGGGUCUGGAGCUCUUUGGAACAGCGCUCACUAUCGCUCCCUGCGCCAUCGUAACAGGUAUCUGGACCGAAAAAACCGGGAAAUACGUCAUCCAAAACGUUCUCGCUUGGGUAUUCAUCAUCGUUGGGGAAGGCGUUUACACGACCGUCGACGCUCGUUCGAGUAUCGUCAAGGCUAUAGCGCUUCAAGUCGUUCCCGCCGUGGGUUUCGGUAUGUUAUAUGCUGCUACUACGUUUGCGACUCUUGCCCCGUUGCGAGUGGAGGAUAAUGCGAGAGCUUUAGGGUUCUUUACGUUUGCGAGACAGUUUGGGCAGACGAUAGGCGUCACGAUCGGAACGACCAUCCUCCAAAAUUCCCUAAAAACCAAACUUCCCGCCUCUUUCCUCUCUCAAUUCUCCUCGGGAGUCGAAAUCUCCUAUUCCAUCAUCCCUUCCAUCAAGUUCCUCCCCGAACCUCUCCGUUCCCAAGUGAAAGAUGCGUAUGCGAAAUCGACCAAGAACAUUUGGGUGGCGAACAUCAUUUUGGGAGGGAUAGGUUUGUUGCUCGCGUUGUUGAUGAGGGACGUGGCGCUUCGUGUGGAGACGGAUGAGAAUUGGGAUUUGAGCUCUGCACAGAGGGUGGCGGUGGGUGAUGAGGGGGAGGGGGAGAAGAAGAAGAGUGGUGGUGGUGAGGAUGUAGAAGCUGGGAUAGGGGAGAAGACUGCUCGUUCGGCCACCGCUCCCACCCCCGCAACAAGUUGAAUCGGUUGGCCCUAACAUGAUCGAGUUACAUAACCUUUAACGCCUAUGAUACCUCCGAUUUUUUUUUUCGUGUUUCCCACCUUCAUUGCACCUUUGACGUUCUUCACGUUGUUACAAACAGCAGCGCAACCUAGUACAUAUGUAUCCUUCACGAUAUAAACAAUUAUCUAAUAC